GUUUUGUUUGCUCAAGAAGGAUAAAAUUUUGAAAAGCAGCUGUUUGUGGAGUAUACCAGUCAAACACGGCUCAUCAUAAACAUGUUUUCGCUGUGUAAACAGUCGCAUCCAGCAACUGGUGUGGAAUACGCAAUUUGUUGUCACUUCUUCAACAACUCGGAAGAGAAUCUGGUAGUGGCAGGUGCAAAUAUACUUAAAGUAUAUCGUAUAUUUCCACAUCUCGAUGCGGCACAACGUCAAAAAUUACUUAAUAUCAAUGAUUUACGCACACCACCGAAAAUGCGACUGGAAUGUUUGGCAACCUACACCCUCUAUGGUAAUGUGAUGUCACUACAAAGCGUUUCGCUAGCGGGCUCCCUACGAGAUGCACUGCUUAUUAGUUUUAAAGAUGCCAAAUUGUCUGUAAUGCAACAUGAUCCUGAUACAUUUGCAUUGAAAACACUUUCUUUGCAUUUCUUUGAAGAAGAAGAUGUGCGUGGUGGCUGGACGGGUCGCUAUUUCAUACCAAUGGUGCGAGUGGAUCCAGAUUAUCGCUGUGCUGUUAUGUUGGUUUACGGCAAGCAAUUGGUAGUGCUACCCUUUCGCAAAGAUAACAGUUUAGAUGAAAUCGAAUUGGCUGAUGUGAAGCCUAUCAAGAAGACACCUACAGCUUUAGUGGCACGAACGCCGAUUCUGGCUUCAUAUUUGAUAGCAUUGCGUGAUCUUGAUGAAAAAAUAGACAACGUACUUGACUUGCAAUUUUUAUACGGCUAUUAUGAACCAACUCUAUUGAUACUCUACGAGCCAGUUCGUACAUUUGCUGGACGUGUUUGCGUACGCUCCGAUACAUGUGUUCUAGUAGCCAUAUCAUUAAAUAUACAGCAGCGUGUGCAUCCUGUAAUUUGGACAGUAACUGGUUUGCCUUUUGAUUGUUUACAAGUUUUCCCUAUACAAAAACCAAUAGGCGGUUGCCUAGUUACCACUGUGAAUUCCAUAAUUUAUCUUAAUCAAAGUGUGCCGCCAUAUGGUGUGAGUUUAAACAGUUCAGCAGAUCACAGCACAAGCUUUCCGCUCAAACCGCAGGAUGGUGUUAAAAUAUCAUUGGAUGCAGCUCAGCUCACUUUUAUCGAUAUAGACAAACUGGUGAUCUCGCUUAAGGGCGGUGAGCUAUAUGUAUUGACAUUAUGUGUAGAUUCCAUGCGUACAGUGCGAAAUUUUCAUUUCCACAAAGCAGCCGCUAGUGUUCUUACCAGUUGUAUGUGUGUCUGUCAAUCGGAAUAUUUAUUUUUGGGUUCACGGUUGGGAAAUUCAUUGCUGUUGCACUUUACCGAAGAGGAUCAGAGUACUGUUAUUACCUUGGAUGACGUUGAAACAAAUGAAACUGCUGCCACAAAUGACGAGUCAGUGCCCAAAGCACGACGAAUAGAAGACGAAGAGUUAGAGGUUUAUGGCUCCGGUACUAAAACUUCGGUCCAACUGCGGAAGUAUAUUUUCGAAGUAUGUGACAAUAUGUUAAAUGUGGGACCAAUUAAUUAUAUGUGCGCUGGUGAACGCGUUGAAUUUGAGGAAGAUGGUGUUACACUACGGCCACACGUAGAAAAUUUAGCUGAACUGAAAAUUGAAAUCGUCUCAUCUAGUGGUCACAGUAAAAAUGGCGCAUUAUGUGUUUUCGUAAAUUGUGUUACUCCACAAGUCAUUACCAGUUUUGAACUGGAAGGUUGCUUGGAUGUAUGGACCGUUUACGAUGAUGCCAGCAAAAAGACAACACGCCAUGAUCAUCAUGACUUUAUGAUACUAUCGCAACCUUCAUCGUCAUUGGUGCUACAAACGGGUGAUGAAAUCAACGAAAUCGAAAAUACCGGCUUUAGCUGUCAACAACCGACCAUAUUCGUCGGAAAUCUGGGACAAAACCGUUUCAUAGUACAGGCGACAACGCGCAAUGUACGUCUGCUGCAGGGUACGCGUCUUAUACAAAAUGUACCCAUCGAUGUGGGCUCACCAGUGGUACAAGUAUCUACUGCAGAUCCAUACGUAUGCUUGCGUGUUCUCAAUGGUCAAGUGAUAACGUUGGCUUUGCGUGAAACAAAGGGCACGCCACGUCUGGCAAUCAAUAAGAACACUAUUAGUAGUGUACCAGCAGUGGUUGCUAUAUCAGCAUACAAAGACUUGUCUGGUUUAUUCACAGCCAAAUCUGAUGAUGUACUCAAUUUAACAGGUAGUGGUGGCAAUUCAUUAUACGCCGGCUUGGGUUACAUGAAAGCCGAACCGCAUAUGAAAAUCGAAGAUGAAGAAGACCUUUUAUAUGGCGAGUCAGGCAACGCCUUCAAAAUGAAUAAUUUGGCCGAUCUAGCAAAGCAAUCAAAGCAGAAAAAUACCGAUUGGUGGCGUCGUUUGCUGCCGCAAGUGAAACCGUCUUAUUGGCUGGUCACAGCACGUGAGUCGGGCACUUUGGAAAUCUAUUCAAUGCCUGAUAUGAAACUAAUGUAUUUGGUGAAUGAUGUGGGUAAUGGCGGUAUGGUGCUCAGUGACUCGAUGGAGUUUGUGCCCGUACCACUGACUAAUCAGGAGAACAGCAAAGCUGGUAUACUUCUAAAUUGUAUGCCACAACAUGCAAACUCACCGCCGGCUCUGGAAAUCAACAUGGUUGGUUUGGGGAAUCAGGGCAUGCGCCCAUUGCUUUUGAUACGCACACGAUUGGAGUUAAUGAUAUAUCAAGUAUUUCGCUAUUCAAAAGGACAUUUGAAGAUACGUUUCCGUAAAUUGGAUACACUAAAUAUGUUAGAUAUACAACCAACAAGUAUGGAAGUAGACGAUUUGGAAAGCGAGUUGGAAUCUUAUAAUCUACAAGAGCGUUACGUCUCUAAAUUGCGUUACUUUGCCAACAUAAGUGGGCAUAAUGGCGUAAUGGUUUGUGGCGUCAAUCCACACUUUCUCUUUCUCACUUCUAAAGGUGAACUGCGUGUACAUAAAUUCUAUGGUAACGGUGUUGUGCGUAGUUUUGCACCAUUCAAUAAUGUGAAUUGUCCCAACGGGUUCUUGUACUUCGAUCAUACGGCUGAACUAAAGAUCUCUGUGCUGCCAACUUACCUGACAUACGAUUCGAUUUGGCCCAUGCGUAAAGUGCCGCUACGUUGUACGCCGCGACAGAUAGUCUAUCAUCGUGAAAAUCGUGUGUAUUGCCUGAUUACACAGACCGAGGAGCCAACCAAUAAAUACUAUCGUUUUAAUGGCGAAGACAAGGAGUUAACGGAGGAAAACAAAGGUGAGCGUUUCAUUUAUCCUAAUGCUUCGAAGUUUUCAAUGGUGCUUAUGAGCCCUGAGACGUGGGAAAUUGUACCGGAUGCUUCAAUACAAUUUGAGGAAUGGGAACAUGUGACUGCUUUUAAAAUAGUAAAACUCGCCUAUGAAGGUACACGUUCCGGUCUGAAGGAAUACCUUUGUAUUGGCACAAAUUUCAACUACAGUGAGGACAUCACUUCACGUGGUAACAUACAUAUUUACGAUAUUAUUGAGGUAGUACCUGAGCCGGGAAAACCGUUAACAAAAUUCAAAUUAAAAGAAGUCUUCAAGAAAGAGCAGAAGGGACCUGUCUCAGCUAUAUCGGAUGUACUCGGUUUUCUAGUGACAGCGCUUGGUCAAAAGAUUUAUUUGUGGCAGUUGAAGGAUGACGAUCUCAUUGGCGUUGCAUUUAUUGACACAAACAUCUAUGUACAUCAGAUAAUAUCUGUAAAAUCAUUAAUUCUCAUUGCGGAUGUAUAUAAAUCCGUUAGCUUGCUACGUUUCCAAGAGGAGUUUCGUACAUUAUCAUUGGCGUCGCGUGAUUUCAAUUACCUACAAGUCUAUAACAUUGAAUUUAUGGUGGAUAACAAUAAUUUAGGUUUCCUCGUCACCGACGCUGAUAAGAACUUUUUAGUUUACAUGUAUCAACCAGAAUCACGGGAAUCCAUUGGUGGGCAAAAAUUGAUACGCAAAUCGGAUUAUCAUCUCGGUCAAGGAGUGAACACAAUGUUUCGUGUGCAAUGCCAUCAACGUGGUCAACAUCAACGGCAACCAUUCCUCUAUGAAAAUAAACAACUCGUCUUCUUCGGUACAUUGGAUGGUGCGCUUGGUUACUGCUUACCAUUACCUGAGAAGGUAUAUCGAAGAUUUUUGAUGUUACAAAAUGUUUUGCUCUCCUACCAAGAGCAUCUGGGCGGCCUAAAUCCUAAAGAAUUUCGCACCGUGAAAUGUUCGAAAAAAUUAUCGCUCAAUCCGUGUAGGUGCAUAAUUGAUGGUGAUCUAAUUUGGUCAUACACAAUGAUGUCGACAGCAGAAAAGAAUGAGGUCGCGAAAAAAAUCGGUACACGCACAGAAGAAAUUCUAAUGGAUCUACUCGAUAUUGAGCGUAUUGCGGCGGUUUUCUAAAUCCGAUCUUUAAAUUAAAUUUCACAAAUUUUUAGUUUUUAAAUUAGACAAUAAGAAUUUCAAAAUACAAGUUUUAUGUACGAGAUGAAACACUUUACUAUUUUUUGCUGAACAAAGCUAAGUGAAUAAAUAAGUUAUAGGAAGUUAAA